GAGACACUGAUGCACAGAUUUUACAUUCAGUUGAUGGUAGAGAGAACACAAGCUCUGAAAGGACGACAGGAAACUAGACUCCUGUGAAGAGGACGGUAUACAGGACAUACAGGAAAACAGUGCAGAAAAAAAACCUCUGAAUCCCCCGGAGACAUGGCAAUGAUUCUGAGUGAAAUGGAGAAGGAGAUUCCUCUGUGUGUGUCUCUGCCCAUUGAGGUGAUGAGUCCUGAACAGACCUUUCCUUUCCUGAACACCACUCUGGCAGAUCUGGGUAUUGACGAAUCAGCAGUGAAAGAGCAUGUGGUGUGGGUGGACACCAAGCGCACACGGGUGAGGAGCAAAUCAGGGAAAUUUAAGGAGAAGGAAGUGUCUGUGCUGGAGGUACGAGUGAAAGCACAACUGCCGGGUCAAACCAAAUGCCAGGAGGUUCUCUACAGCACCGAGUCGCACACGGACCGCUCGUACUGCCGCAGCGGCAUUGCCUUCCUGCCAUGGACUCUCGCUCAAACAGAUGACAAUGAGCCGGUUGAAAUGACCCUGGCUUUGGAUUCACAAUCUCACACCACAAAGUCAGAAGAGCAGAGUGCAUUGGAAUGA